CAAAGGACAUUAAUUUUGGUUUCUCUGGUGAAGGCUUGUGGCUGCCUCUCAUGCUUUACAAAAUAUUACCAAGUCAGAGCCGAAAAGAAAACAAGUAUUUAUGGAACAAUGAUAAAUUUCAUCUUUCCCCGAAUGAUAUGAGGAUCAAUGAUGCAGACUGCUGGGUUCGAUGAAGCUGGACAUUUAUAACUAGAUUCAUUAAGGAAUACAAAGAAAAUAUUUAAAGGGAUCAAUAAUGGUGUCUUCUGGUUGCAGAAUGCGAAGCCUGUGGUUUAUCAUUAUAAUCAGCUUCUUACCGAAUACAGAAGGUUUCAGCAGAGCAGCUUUACCAUUUGGGUUAGUUCGUAGAGAAUUAUCCUGUGAAGGUUAUUCUAUAGAUCUACGAUGUCCCGGCAGUGAUGUCAUCAUGAUUGAGAGUGCUAACUAUGGUCGGACAGACGACAAGAUUUGUGAUGCUGACCCAUUUCAGAUGGAGAAUACAGACUGCUACCUCCCAGAUGCCUUCAAAAUUAUGACUCAAAGGUGCAACAAUCGAACACAGUGUAUAGUAGUUACUGGGUCAGAUGUAUUUCCUGAUCCAUGUCCUGGAACAUACAAAUAUCUUGAGGUCCAGUAUGAAUGUGUCCCUUACAUUUUUGUGUGCCCUGGGACCUUGAAAGCAAUUGUGGAUUCACCAUGUAUAUAUGAAGCUGAACAAAAGGCAGGUGCUUGGUGCAAGGACCCUCUUCAGGCUGCAGAUAAAAUUUAUUUCAUGCCCUGGACUCCAUAUCGCACUGAUACUUUAAUAGAAUAUGCUUCUUUAGAAGAUUUCCAAAACAGUCGCCAAACAACAACAUACAAACUUCCAAAUCGAGUAGAUGGUACUGGAUUUGUGGUAUAUGAUGGUGCUGUCUUCUUUAACAAAGAAAGAACAAGGAAUAUUGUGAAAUUUGACUUGAGGACUAGAAUUAAGAGUGGAGAGGCCAUAAUUAACUAUGCUAACUAUCAUGAUACCUCACCAUAUAGAUGGGGAGGAAAAACUGAUAUUGACCUAGCAGUUGAUGAAAAUGGCUUAUGGGUCAUUUAUGCCACUGAACAGAACAAUGGAAUGAUAGUUAUUAGCCAACUGAAUCCAUACACUCUUCGCUUUGAAGCAACGUGGGAGACUGUGUAUGACAAGCGAGCUGCAUCAAAUGCUUUUAUGAUCUGUGGAGUCCUUUAUGUGGUCAGGUCAGUUUAUCAAGACAAUGAGAGUGAAACAGGCAAGAAUGCAAUUGAUUAUAUUUACAAUACCCGAUUAAACCGAGGAGAAUAUGUAGAUGUUCCCUUCCCCAACCAGUAUCAGUAUAUUGCUGCAGUGGAUUACAAUCCAAGAGAUAACCAACUCUACGUGUGGAACAAUAACUUCAUUUUACGAUAUUCUCUGGAGUUUGGUCCACCUGAUCCUGCCCAAGUGCCUACCACAGCUGUGACAGUAACUUCUUCAGCUGAGAUGUUCAAAACCACAGUAUCAACCACAAGCCCUUCACAGAAAGGCCCCAUGAGCACAACUGUAGCUGGAUCUCAGGAAGGAAGCAAAGGGACAAAACCACCUCCAGCAGUUUCUACAACCAAAAUUCCUCCUGUAACAAAUAUUUUUCCCCUGCCAGAGAGAUUCUGUGAAGCAUUAGACGCAAGGGGGAUAAGGUGGCCUCAGACACAAAGGGGAAUGAUGGUUGAACGACCAUGUCCCAAGGGAACGAGAGGAACUGCCUCGUAUCUCUGCAUGCUUUCCACUGGAACAUGGAACCCUAGGGGCCCCGAUCUUAGCAACUGUACCUCACACUGGGUAAAUCAGCUGGCUCAGAAGAUCAGAAGUGGAGAAAACGCUGCUAGCCUUGCCAAUGAACUGGCUAAACAUACCAAAGGGCCAGUGUUUGCUGGGGACGUGAGUUCUUCAGUGAGGUUGAUGGAGCAGUUGGUGGACAUUCUUGAUGCGCAGCUGCAGGAACUGAAACCUAGUGAAAAGGAUUCAGCUGGACGGAGUUAUAACAAGCUCCAAAAACGAGAGAAGACAUGCAGGGCUUACCUUAAGGCAAUUGUUGACACAGUGGACAACCUUCUGAGACCUGAAGCUUUGGAAUCAUGGAAACACAUGAAUUCUUCUGAACAAGCGCAUACUGCAACAAUGCUACUGGAUACAUUGGAAGAAGGAGCUUUUGUCCUGGCUGACAAUCUCGUAGAACCAACCAGGGUCUCAAUGCCCACAGAAAAUAUUGUUCUGGAAGUUGCAGUGCUCAGUACAGAAGGACAGGUCCAAGACUUCAAAUUUCCUCUGGGCAUCAAAGGGGCAGGCAGCUCAAUCCAACUCUCUGCGAAUACCGUCAAACAGAACAGCAGGAAUGGUCUUGCAAAGUUGGUGUUCAUCAUUUACCGGAGUCUGGGACAGUUCCUUAGUACAGAAAAUGCAACCAUAAAACUGGGUGCUGACUUUAUCGGUCGAAAUAGCACCAUUGCAGUGAAUUCCCAUGUCAUUUCAGUUUCAAUCAAUAAAGAAUCCAGCCGAGUAUACUUGACAGAUCCUGUGCUUUUUACCCUACCACACAUUGAUCCUGACAAUUAUUUCAAUGCAAACUGCUCCUUCUGGAACUACUCAGAGAGAACUAUGAUGGGAUAUUGGUCUACCCAGGGCUGCAAGCUGGUUGACACUAAUAAAACUCGUACAACGUGUGCGUGCAGCCACCUAACCAAUUUUGCAAUUCUCAUGGCCCACAGGAAAAUUUCAUACAAAGAUGGAGUUCACGAAUUACUUCUUACAGUCAUCACCUGGGUGGGAAUUGUCAUUUCCCUUGUUUGUCUGGCUAUCUGCAUCUUCACCUUCUGCUUUUUCCGUGGUCUACAGAGUGACCGUAACACUAUUCACAAGAACCUUUGUAUCAACCUUUUCAUUGCUGAAUUUAUUUUCCUAAUAGGCAUUGAUAAGACAAAAUACAUGAUAGCAUGCCCAAUAUUUGCAGGACUUCUACACUUUUUCUUUCUGGCUGCUUUUGCUUGGAUGUGCCUAGAAGGUGUGCAGCUCUAUCUGAUGUUAGUUGAAGUUUUUGAAAGUGAAUAUUCAAGGAAGAAAUAUUACUAUGUUGCCGGUUACUUGUUUCCUGCCACAGUGGUUGGCGUUUCAGCUGCUAUUGACUAUAAGAGCUAUGGAACAGAAAAAGCUUGCUGGCUUCAUGUUGAUAACUAUUUCAUAUGGAGUUUCAUUGGACCUGUUACCUUCAUUAUUCUGCUAAAUAUUAUCUUCCUGGUGAUCACAUUGUGCAAAAUGGUGAAGCACUCAAACACAUUGAAACCAGAUUCUAGCAGGUUGGAAAACAUUAAUAAUUACCGUGUUUGUGAUGGCUACUAUAAUACGGACUUACCUGGCUAUGAAGAUAAUAAGCCAUUUAUCAAGUCUUGGGUGCUUGGCGCUUUCGCUCUUCUGUGUCUUCUUGGCCUAACCUGGUCAUUUGGGUUGCUUUUUAUUAAUGAGGAGACUAUUGUGAUGGCUUAUCUCUUCACCAUCUUUAAUGCUUUCCAGGGAGUGUUCAUUUUCAUCUUUCACUGUGCUCUCCAAAAGAAAGUACGAAAAGAAUAUGGCAAGUGCUUCAGACACUCGUAUUGCUGCGGCAGCCUCCCAACUGAGAGCCCUCACAGCUCAGUGAAGGCGUCCACCACCAGAACCAGUGCUCGGUAUUCCUCUGGCACACAGAGUCGUAUAAGAAGGAUGUGGAAUGACACUGUGAGAAAACAAUCUGAAUCGUCUUUUAUCUCAGGUGACAUCAAUAGCACUUCAACACUUAAUCAAGGAAUGACUGGCAAUUACCUACUAACAAACCCUCUUCUUCGACCCCACGGCACUAACAACCCUUAUAACACAUUGCUCGCUGAAACAGUUGUAUGUAAUGCCCCUUCAGCUCCUGUGUUUAACUCACCAGCAACCUACAGAGAGACAAGACAUUCACUGAACAAUGCCAGGGAUACAAGUGCCAUGGAUACUCUACCGCUAAAUGGUAACUUUAACAACAGCUACUCACUACGCAAGGGGGACUAUAAUGACAGCGUGCAAGUCGUGGACUGUGGACUAAGUCUGAAUGAUUCCGCUUUUGAGAAAAUGAUCAUUUCAGAAUUAGUGCACAACAACCUGCGGGGCAGCAGCAAGGCUCACAACCUCGAGCUCACACUACCAGUCAAACCUGUGAUUGGAGGGGGCAGCAGCGAAGAUGACGCUAUCGUGGCAGAUGCUUCGUCUUUAAUGCACAGUGACAACCCAGGGCUGGAGCUCCAUCACAAAGAACUCGAGGCACCGCUCAUUCCUCAGCGGACUCACUCCCUUCUGUACCAACCCCAGAAGAAAGCGAAGCCCGAGGGGACUGACAGCUACGUCUCCCAGCUGACAGCUGAGGCCGAGGACCACCUGCAGUCCCCCAACAGAGACUCUCUUUACACAAGCAUGCCCAACCUUAGAGACUCUCCGUAUCAGGAGAGCAGCCCCGACAUGGAAGAAGACCUGUCUCCAUCCAGGAGGAGUGAGAACGAGGACAUUUACUAUAAGAGCAUGCCAAACCUUGGAGCUGGCCAUCAGCUUCAGAUGUGCUACCAGAUCAGCAGGGGCAAUAGUGAUGGUUACAUAAUCCCCAUUAACAAAGAAGGGUGUAUUCCAGAAGGAGAUGUCAGAGAAGGACAAAUGCAGCUGGUGACAAGUCUUUAAUACUGCAGCUAAGGAAUUCCAGCGGCCCCAUGCAAGUGUUAGUAAAUAAAGACAGGCUCCAUGGCCUGAUACAGCUCCCUCAAACUCUGCUUGAAGAGAUGGCUCUGUUGACCUGUGGUUCUCCAGUGUAAAAAAGAUGACUGAACCUUGCAGUUCUGUGAAUUUUUAUAUAACAUACAAAAACUUUGUAUAUACACAGAGUAUACUAAAAUGAAUUAUUUGUUACAAAGAAAAGAGAUGCCAACCAGGUAUUUUAAGUUUCUGCUGCUGUUUAGAGAAAUUGUGAAACAAGCAAAACAAAACUUUCCAGCCAUUUUACUGCAGCAGUUUGUGAACUAAAUUUGUAAAUAUGGCUGCACCAUUUUUGUAGGCCUGCAUUGUAUUAUAUACAAGACGUAGGCUUUAAAAUCCUGUGGGACAAAUUUACUGUACCUUACUGUUCCUGACAAGACUUGGAAAAGCAGGAGAGCUAUUCUGCAUCAGUUUGCAGUUAACUGCAAACCUUUUACAUUAAGGCAAAGAUUGAAAACAUGUUUAACCACUAGCAAUCAAGCCACAGGCCUUAUUUCAUAUGUUUCCUCAACUGUACAAUGACCUAUUCAAAAAUGGCUAAAGAAAUUAUAUUUUGUUCUAUUGCUAGGGUGAAAUAAAUACAUUUGUGUCCAACGGGAAUAUAAUUGUCAUUAAAAUAAUUUUAGAGUUUGGAGAAAAUAUUGUGUGAAGCUCAUGGUUGCACAUAUGUUAUCAAAUGUUUUUUCUUACACUUUGUCAUUGUAAGUUCUACCCAUUUUCACUUAUUUUCCACUGUAUACGGUGUUCUGCUUUGACAAGUUAGUCCUUAUUCUUACAUUUUAAUUUCUUAUGGCCAAAAGAACGUGUUUUAUGGGGAAAAAAACUCUUUGAAGCCAGUUAUGCCAUGCCUUGCACAAAUGUGGUGAAAUCUAGAAAAGAUUGUUUGUCACCCCUCUGUUUGUUCUUGAACAGGGGCCAAAGAGGGCACUGGGCACUUCUCACAAACUUUCUAGUGAACAAAAGGUGCCUAUUCUUUUUUAAAAAGUAAAAUUAAACAUAAAUAUUACUCUUCCAUAUUCCUUCUGCCUAUAUUUAGUAAUUAAUUUAUUUUAUGAUAAAGUUCUAGUGAAAUGUAAAUUGUUUCAGCAAAAUUCUGCUUUUCUUUUCAGCCCUUUGUGUAAACCUGUUAAUAAUGAACCCAUCACUAAUAUCCAGUGUAAAGUUUAACACGGUUUGACAGUAAAUAAAUGUGAAUUUUUUCAAGUA